AUGGAAGGACCUACUACUCUGAAUUAUCGCAAAAACUCUAGUAAGGGUAAUGGAGUUAAGCCUGUGGAGAGCGAGGUUCCGGGUAAGCUGGAGACCCCGCCACCAAAGUUUGUGAAGACUUCCAACCUGGAAUUCAAUGUGCUGGCCAGCGAGAAGUUGCCCAACUUCGAGACUCUAGACUUGUUUCAUCGAGCUGUGUAUCCUUUUAUGUUUCUGGCCCAAUGUUUUGCUGUGAUGCCUUUACUGGGCAUCCGAGCCUCAUAUCCGCGAAAGGUGCGCUUUGCCUAUAAAUCGCUGCCCAUCAUAGUCACCUUGAUCUUUAUGUCUGCUACCUGCAUCAUAUUUCUGGGGAUGCUUACGCAUCUUCUACAGAUAGGGAUCAGCGCUAAGAACUUUGUGGGUCUCGUUUUCUUUGGCUGUGUGUUGACUGCCUAUGUCAUCUUUAUACGUUUGGCUAGAAGAUGGCCUCAUCUCAUCCGGUACUGGACCAAAACGGAGAUGGUCUUCACCAGACCCCCUUAUGAGAUACCCAAAAGGAAUCUGGCGCGAAGAGUGCAAUUGGCUGCCUUGGCCAUCAUUGGCUUGUCGUUGGGUGAACAUGCCCUGUACCAGGUUUCAGCUAUUCUGACCUACAAGCGUCGCAUACAAAUCUGCAAAAAUAUAACCGCCGAGCCCACUUUUGAUGAUUAUAUACAGAGAAACUAUGACUAUGUGUUUCAGUUGCUGCCUUAUAGUCCUGUUGUAGCUGCCUUUAUACUGUUAAUAAACGGCGCCUGCACUUUCGUUUGGAACUACAUGGACCUGUUCAUCAUGAUGAUUAGCAAGGGUCUGUCCUAUCGCUUCGAGCAAAUAACUGCUCGUAUACGUAAGUUAGAGCAUGAGGAGGUGGCCGAAUCCACGUUUAUACAAAUCCGGGAGCACUACGUCAAGAUGUGUGAACUUCUGGAGUUUGUGGACAGCGCCAUGUCCAGCCUGAUAUUACUUUCCUGUGUGAAUAACUUGUACUUUGUGUGCUACCAGCUGCUCAAUGUGUUCAACAAACUGCGCUGGCCCAUCAACUAUAUAUACUUCUGGUACUCCCUGCUGUACCUCAUAGGACGCACAGCCUUUGUGUUCCUUACGGCUGCCGACAUCAAUGAGGAGUCCAAGCGUGGUCUGGGUGUCCUUAGGCGUGUGUCCAGCCGUAGCUGGUGCGUGGAGGUGGAGCGUUUGAUAUUUCAAAUGACUACACAGACGGUGGCCCUGUCCGGCAAGAAGUUCUACUUCCUAACCCGCCGGCUGCUCUUUGGGAUGGCUGGUACUAUUGUCACCUACGAGUUGGUCUUGCUGCAAUUCGAUGAACCCAAUCGACGCAAAGGACUGCAGCCCCUGUGCGCCUGA